AUGGCGACCGCCCUUCUUCUCUCCCAUCAACUUCCUCUCAUCUGUGGCUUGGGCGGCAUUGGAGUGAACUACGGGCUCAACGGCAAUAAUCUCCCGCAAGCAAACGAUGUGAUAAACCUGUACGGACGAUGCGGCAUAGAUAUCGUGCGGAUAUUUGAGCCAAACCACUACGUUUUGGAUGCGUUGCGCGGCAAACCAAAUGUCUUGUGGCUCGGAACCAGAAAUGAAGACAUACAGAGCUUCGCUGCGGACCAAUUGGCUGCCAAUGCUUGGGUUAACUCUCACGUGGUUCCUUAUUAUGCCGACGUCAAUAUUGCUUACAUCACCGUCGGUAAUGAAGUCAUUCCCGGGGACGCAGCGGCACCCUUCGUUGCUAAUGCCAUCAGAAACAUUAUGCAGGCGCUCGUUGUCACCGGCGUCAAACGAGACAUAAAGGUAACAACGGUGGUCCACAUGAGUGUCAUUGGAGUUUCGUAUCCCCCAUCGACUGGAGCAUUCACCGAUGCUGCUGCAGGACCUUUGAGCGAAAUCGCAAAGGUGGUGGGCUCUAGCGGUGCACCAUUAUUGUUGAAUGUAUACCCAUAUUUCGCGUACGCGUCGAACCCACAACAAAUCCCACUAAAUUACGCCCUGUUCACUUCCACGACGCCGGUAGUGGUGGAUGGAAAUUUGAACUACUACAAUCUAUUUGAUGCCAUGGUGGAUUCUUUCUAUGCGGCGCUGGAGAAGAUUGGCGCUGUUGAUGUGAGACUGGAGAUUUCGGAGACUGGGUGGCCCACAAAAGGAAACCAACCAUUUACUAGUAUUGAUAAUGCAGUGACGUAUAACAAAAAUUUCAUGAACCAUGUAGCGAGUGGUGCAGGAACUCCAAAGAGGCCAAAGGUGAAGUAUAAUGGGAUCUUGUUUGAAAUGUUCAACGAAGAUCUUAAGUUGGCUGGAGUUGAACAGAAUUUUGGAUUCUUUUAUCCCAAUAUGCAGCCAGUUUAUCCAUUUUGGAAUUGCUAA